AUGAACAGGGCACUAACGGUGCUGGGCCGAGCGGUGGGCUUCAACGCUCAAUUGAGCAAGAUGAAGUUGAAGAUGGUUCCUUUGAAAUCUAGUCAUUGGGUAUUGCCAAGUCAGCUGAGGCCGGCGCAGUGCCAUCGAUCUCUGCUCAGAUCGGGUACAAAUAUGAAGCCGUUACAACUACGAUGGUAUUCUACACAGCAGCCUCCAUUGAAGCCUGAAUCAAAGAAGCCGCCUUCACCAUCUGCUUUCAAAUUCAUAACAGAGAGAGACAGGUUACUGGCUCAAGCGACUGGGUUUCUGGAGAAAUUAAGGAUCAACGUUAGAUGGGUGCUGACAAAAUCGACUAGGCCAUUCAAUACAGACGAUAUAGGGGCUUUCAUUUCUUGGGUGCUCGUAAGUAACGUACUGCUGAUUAUUUUGGGGACAACGACGUUUACAUCACUGGUCUUAUAUUUAAUGAACACGGUUUUAGCACAGGAAUAUCUGGCUACGAAGAUUGGUAACUUUUUAACAAAGAACACCUCACUUUCAGUGGUCUUUGAAAGUGCUAUUGUACCAGAGUGGUCUUCGGGGAAGAUUCGUUUCAAUAAAGUGUUUGUUUCUCGAAGGCCUAAAGUUUCACACAGUUUCACUAAGGGUUCUCAGAUCGAGGCCCUUCAAAGAACAAAACUAGGCCUCAGCGAUAGACUUCUUUUUAGUCGUGAAGAUUUUGAUGAUGGUAAUUAUACUCAGUACGAUCUAACCAUUGACCAAUUGGAUAUCUCUUUGAGCUUCACCAAGUGGCUGAACGGUAAGGGAAUCCUGGACGAAGUCUCUAUCAAUGGGCUGAGAGGUGUGGUGGACAGGACUCACGUCGUGUGGAAACCAAAUGAUGAUCCUCGAAACUACAAAAAUAUACAUCAGCCUGGGGAUUUCGAGAUCACAAAUUUUGCAAUGAAUGACGUUUUAUUCACAUUGUACCAACCGAACGGGUUCAGACCGUUCCAAGUCAGCAUUUUCAAUUGUGAUUUACCACAACUCAGAAAGCAUUGGCUCUUUUACGAUAUUCUUAAUGCAAACAGUAUAAGCGGGACUUAUGACAAUGCCAUGUUUACCAUACACAAGAAGUUCAACGUUGAAAACACACCAUUUUCAUCCUCGAAUGCUUCGCCUUGGAAGAGAGUUACACGGCUCAGGGUCGACAACCUAGCGAUUGACCAUCUGAAUGCUGGUAUAGACGGCCCCUUUGGAUGGAUCACCGAUGGUCAAGUCGAUAUGAUCGGCGAUGCUCUUUUGCCAGACAAAGAGGCGGAUGCUUCACAGAUGACUGAGGUCAUCACUGAGAUUGGUGAUCGUCUGUACAAAGAAGCUCAGAGACACGCUCUUCUACCUUUCCCUCAAAGACCGACCGCGUCAGAAAUCGACCCUGAUCAAUAUUUCAUGAUGGAUUUCUCUCUAAAAUUACACAACGUCAAGGCAGAAGUCCCACUUUUCACCCAUGAACUCGGUUACAUUAAUAACGCCCUGAUAAGACCAAUUGUUGGGUACAUAAACUCAACAAGAACUUAUAUUCCAAUCAGGUGCCGGGUGGUCAAGAAUAUUUCAGAUUUCGAAGGGUCUUGGACCAUUUACGACUGUCUGCUCAUGAGAGACCUCAGUGCCGAAGUUUACGAUGCAUUCGCCGAGUACGUGGCCGACGACCGCAAGAGGUCUGUCAGAUUGAUGCGUGUUGGAUUUUGGUCCCUCCAAAUAAUGCUACAAGUGAUCCUGAUGAGCCUUGGGGCGAUUGCUUGA